UUGGCAACAUCACGGAGCGGUGGUACUGCUGCGGAUUACUAGUUUGGCUCGAUGUUAAUCUGCUGUUGAUAAAGUGAUUACGAUGUGGAACAAACUAGCGGUUUUCUUCCUCAAACUUUCAUGGAUAGUCUAUUAUGUCACGGCAAUUCAAAGAAAAAACCUUUUUCCAUAUGGGACAGUUAACGGCGAUUUACGUCUUCAAGAGGGAGACGAUGAGACUUCCAAAGUGAUGACUCUGACGAAACCCAUGCACUUCUAUGAGACGUCUUUCAGUAACCUAUACGUGGCAACCAAUGGAAUAAUCUCCACUCAGGAUCUGCCCAUGGAGAAGCAAUAUGUUGAUGAUGGCUUUCCCACUGAAUUCCCUGUCAUCGCUCCCUUCCUUGCUGAUAUCGACACCAGUAAUGGAAAGGGAACCAUCUAUUAUCGUCAGACAGAGUCUCCAGGUGUGCUGAACCGAGUAGCGGCAGAGGUCCAGAGGGGUUUCCCUGGCACGCUUUUCACCCCUACACAUGCAAUCAUUGCCACCUGGGAGAACGUAGCAGCCUAUGAAGAGCGCAGCUCUGAGUCAUCCAGCCGGGUUAACACGUUCCAGGCGGUGGUGGCAUAUGAUGAGGCCAACACCUAUGCCCUAUUCCUCUACCCUGAAGAUGGCCUGCAGUUUUUCGGGACACGCCCCAAAGAGACCUUCAACGUGGAGAUUGAGCUGCCAGCUCGCGUCGGCUUCACCAGGGGAGAGAUUCCCUACUUCAUCUUUGCCCGCACUGAAGGGCCUCACUACAGCGUCACCAGCAAUGAGCAGACUGUGAAGAACCUAUACCAGAGAGGCAAUAGUGGAGUGCCAGGCAUUUGGCUUUUCCACAUUGGAAGUGCGUACUCUUUUGAGAAUGUCAUUCCAGCAGAAACUGGGAGACAGUUACCCACAGCUUUCCCUAGGAAGCAAGUAGAGGAAUUCCGCACCACCCCCGAAUACUCCGAAGAAUACUCUGAGACGGACGAUCCAUUCGAUGACGAGCACGACUACAAUAUCGAUCCAGACUUCACGAAUCCCACUGUGCCAGAGUUCAUAGAGCCAAGCCAGGAUGCUUCCCCAUUGGGUGGUGGCAACCCAUUGGAGUCUGGCCCAGUCUUCUCUUCUCUGCAACCUUAUGGUGGCGAUAUCACUCAUACUUCCAACACCCAGAGACACGACACUGCUUUGGUAGCAUCUGCUCCUGGGCCAUAUCCCCGCUAUGGACCACAAAAACUGCCUCCAGAAGCAGGGGCCGAAGCCCAGCACCCCAUUCCAGAGCAUAUGCUGCUGGAGGUGUACCCUGUCCAUCCCAUGGGUGUCGUGCCCCAUGCCCCUAACGGCCAUGUGGUUAACGUGGAAGAAGAUGUUAACUUUGACUCCGGAGUUAUCCAGUACUCUCCGGAAAAUAAAGAAACGUGCAGUCGCUUUCAGCAGCACUGCAGCCAGAAUGCGUACUGCACAGACUACUCGUCAGGCUACUGUUGUCACUGCCUCUCCGGUUUCUAUGGCAACGGCCGCCACUGUCUGCCUAAUGGUGCUCCCCAACGCGUGAACGGAAAGGUCAAUGGGGCUGUGUCUGUGGGCUUGACUCUGGUGAGGCUGAACAACAUUGACCUCCAUGCUUACGUGGUCGUGGGUGACGGCCGCGCGUAUACAGCCAUCAGUGAGGUUCCGGAGCCACUGGGCUGGGCCCUGAUGCCUGUCGCCCCCAUUGGUGGCCUGUUUGGCUGGCUCUUUGCCCUGAAGUUCCCCGGCAGUCAUAAUGGCUUCAAUAUCACCGGUGCUGAGUUUACUCGUCAUGUUGACAUCAUCUUUUACCCUGGUAAUCAGCGUCUCAGCCUUGUCCAGACCGCCAAGGGAUUAGACGACCAGAACUAUCUAAUAGUGGACACUCAACUGGAGGGCAGCAUCCCAUUCAUGCCCCCAGGGGCCACCGUUCAGAUGGAGCCGUAUAAGGAGACCUAUCAGUACUACCCCUCAUUGAUCAUGUCCAGCUCGGUGAGGGAGUUCACCAUGGUGACAGCUGAGAGCGGAACGGAGACCUUUACCUUCCAGGUCCGGCAAAACAUCACCUACAGGGACUGCCAGCACGGGCCUCGCACCAGCCCUGAGACCUUGCAGCUGACUGUAGAGCGCAUUUUCGUCAUGUACAUCAAGGAGGAACGCAUUCUCAGAUAUGCCAUUACCAACAAGAUUGGCCAUGUUGGAGCUAACAUCCAGGACCUGGAUCGAGUUAACCCUUGUUACUCAGGAAACCAUGACUGUGACACUACUGCACAGUGUCUACCAGCCGAUGGUCAGCUCUAUACCUGUCAGUGUGCCACUGGUUACACAGGAGAUGGACGCAACUGCUAUGACAUAGACGAGUGUGCAGAGGGUCUGAGCUCCUGUGGGCCACACUCAGAGUGUGUGAACCUGCCAGGGAGUCACAGCUGCAAAUGCCAGGGCGGCUUCGAAUUUGGGUAUGAUGGCCGCACCUGCACAGAUGUUGACGAGUGCCAAAGCCAGCCGUGCCACCAUCACGCAUCCUGCGGCAACACACUCGGCUCCUUCUACUGCCGGUGCCAGCCUGGUUUCCAUGGAGAUGGCUUCCAUUGCCACCCACAGCAUGAGCGUCCUAAGACUCAGUGUGAGCAGCACAGAGACAGCUUGAGGUCUGUGGAGGACGGCUUACCCCGGGUAGGAGCCUUCAUCCCUCAGUGUGAUGAGGAGGGUCACUACAGGCCUCUGCAGUGCCAUGGCUCCACAGGACACUGCUGGUGUGUGGACAGUAGGGGGCAGGAGAGAGCAGGAACUCGCACCCCACCUGGGACUCCACCUACCAACUGUGAAGUUUCAGAACGUCCUAGGACUCAGUGUGAACAGUACAGGGACAGCUUGAGGGCUGGAGAGGACGGCUUGCCCCGGGUAGGAGCCUUCAUCCCUCAGUGUGAUGAGGAGGGUCACUACAGGCAGCUGCAGUGCCACAGCUCCACAGGACACUGCUGGUGUGUGGACAGUAGGGGGCAGGAGAGAGCAGGCACCCGCACCCCACCUGGUACUCCACCUACCAACUGUGAAGCACCAGAGCGCCCCAAGACUCAGUGUGAGCAGCACAGGGACAGUUUAAGGGCUGGAGAGGACGGCUUGCCCCGGGUAGGAGCCUUCAUCCCUCAGUGUGAUGAGGAGGGUCACUACAGGCAGCUGCAGUGCCACAGCUCCGCAGGACACUGCUGGUGUGUGGACAGUAGGGGGCAGGAGAGAGCAGGCACCCGCACCCCACCUGGUACUCCACCUACCAACUGUGAAGCUCCAGAGCGUCCUAGGACUCAAUGUGAGCAGCACAGGGACAGCUUGAGGGCUGGAGAGGAUGGCUUGCCCCAGGUAGGAGCCUUCAUCCCUCAGUGUGAUGAGGAGGGUCACUACAGGCAGCUGCAGUGCCACAGCUCCGCAGGACACUGCUGGUGUGUGGACAGUAGGGGGCAGGAGAGAGCAGGCACCCGCACCCCACCUGGUACUCCACCUACCAACUGUGAAGCUCCAGAGCGUCCUAGGACUCAAUGUGAGCAGCACAGGGACAGCUUGAGGGCUGGAGAGGAUGGCUUGCCCCAGGUAGGAGCCUUCAUCCCUCAGUGUGAUGAGGAGGGUCACUACAGGCAGCUGCAGUGCCACAGCUCCACAGGACACUGCUGGUGUGUGGACAGUAGGGGGCAGGAGAGAGCAGGCACCCGCACCCCACCUGGUACUCCACCUACCAACUGUGAAGCUCCAGAGCGUCCUAGGACUCAAUGUGAGCAGCACAGGGACAGCUUGAGGGCUGGAGAGGAUGGCUUGCCCCAGGUAGGAGCCUUCAUCCCUCAGUGUGAUGAGGAGGGUCACUACAGGCAGCUGCAGUGCCACAGCUCCGCAGGACACUGCUGGUGUGUGGACAGUAGGGGGCAGGAGAGAGCAGGCACCCGCACCCCACCUGGUACUCCACCUACCAACUGUGAAGCUCCAGAGCGUCCUAGGACUCAAUGUGAGCAGCACAGGGACAGCUUGAGGGCUGGAGAGGAUGGCUUGCCCCAGGUAGGAGCCUUUAUCCCUCAGUGUGAUGAGGAGGGUCACUACAGGCAGCUGCAGUGCCACAGCUCCACAGGACACUGCUGGUGUGUGGACAGUAGGGGGCAGGAGAGAGCAGGCACCCGCACCCCACCUGGUACUCCACCUACCAACUGUGAAGCUCCAGAGCGUCUUAGGACUCAAUGUGAGCAGCACAGGGACAGCUUGAGGGCUGGAGAGGAUGGCUUGCCCCAGGUAGGAGCCUUCAUCCCUCAGUGUGAUGAGGAGGGUCACUACAGGCAGCUGCAGUGCCACAGCUCCACAGGACACUGCUGGUGUGUGGACAGUAGGGGGCAGGAGAGAGCAGGCACCCGCACCCCACCUGGUACUCCACCUACCAACUGUGAAGCUCCAGAGCGUCUUAGGACUCAAUGUGAGCAGCACAGGGACAGCUUGACGGCUGGAGAGGAUGGCUUGCCCCAGGUAGGAGCCUUCAUCCCUCAGUGUGAUGAGGAGGGUCACUACAGGCAGCUGCAGUGCCACAGCUCCACAGGACACUGCUGGUGUGUGGACAGUAGGGGGCAGGAGAGAGCAGGCACCCGCACCCCACCUGGUACUCCACCUACCAACUGUGAAGCACCGGUGGUGCCGGUGCCUACAGCGCGUACAGAGACGGUAUGUGAGCGCUGGAGGGCCAGUCUGAUGGAGCACUAUGGGGGCCGUCCGGGUCCACAGCACUAUCUGCCCCAGUGUGACUCAGUGGGCGAGUUUAACCCUGUCCAGUGCUAUGGGGACAGUAGCUACUGCUGGUGUGUGGACCGUGAUGGCAGGGAGGUGCCUGGUACUCGUUCCCACGAUUCCGUGAAACCUGCAUGUAUACCAACAGUGGCCCCUCCCACAAUGCGUCCAUUGCCCCGCCCUGAUGUAACGCCGCCUCCCUCAGGCACCAGCCUUCUCUACGCUCAAGGCCAGCAGAUUGGAGUGCUUCCUCUUAAUGGCACUCGAAUUGACAAGGAGAGAUCCUCAAUACUUCUAGCCCUGCAUGGCUCCAUCGUGGUUGGUAUCGACUACGACUGCAGAGAGAGGAAGGUCUACUGGACAGAUCUGGCAGGAAGAACAAUCAGCAGAGCAGCUCUGGAGCCUGGAGCAGAACCUGAGAUCCUUAUGAACACUGGCCUCACGAGUCCGGAAGGUCUUGCUGUGGAUGUGGCUCGCCGGAAGCUUUUCUGGGUGGACAGUACACCAGACAAGAUAGAGUCAGCCAACCUGGAUGGAAGUGACCGCCGUGUCCUGUUUAGCACAGAUUUGGUGAACCCAAGGGCCAUCAUAGUGGACUCCCUCUCAGGGACCCUCUACUGGACCGACUGGAACAGGGAAGCCCCGAAAAUCGAGAGCUCUACAGUGGACGGCCACGGCAGACGGGUACUCGUUUGGGAUGGCAUCGGGCUACCCAACGCCCUGACCUUCGAUUCUACAGCACAGCGGGUCUGCUGGGCCGACGCAGGAACCAAGCGUCUGGAGUGCAUUUCACCCGAUGGGACAGGCAGACGUGUGAUUCACAGCAACCUAAACUACCCCUUCAGCAUGGUUUUCUACGCCAACCAUUUCUACUACACAGACUGGAGAAGGGAUGGAGUCAUUGCUGUGAGUCGCGACUCCAGCCACUUCAUGGAGGAGUACCUGCCGGAGCAGCGCUCACAUCUAUAUGGCAUUACUGUUGCACCAACCAGCUGCUUAUAAGGGAGUCAAUAAUGACAGAGCCAACAUUACAUGGUGCUAUUUCAUGGGAAGUCUUUGGGAAAGGCGCCGAGAAAACCAGCAGUAAUGUGACAGAGGAAUGCUGCUCACCCAGCCAGCGCUGACCGCCGCCACAACCACCGCUGCACAGUUAUAAAGGCCAACAACUCUUACCAGUUUAGAUUUGUAAAUUUGUUUUAUACCUCAUUUCUUUCUACUGUAUUUUUGUAUUUUUUUGUCAAAAAAAAGCCAAAAAGGUCUAACAGUGUUUGCUGCAAGUCCUGUAAGUUUAUGUGUAAAUACACAGCAAUACAGCAUUUGUGUAUGCAGUGCACUAAUAAGAAAAACAUAAAAUUGCAUUGAGCAUAGCCCAUGUUUUUCUUUUACCACAUUUCCCCCCCCCCCCCUUUUUUUUUAAUCUUUUGUAAGAUGUUAUAUUUAUAACAAUAAAAUGUGAUUCACAAUUUGAUUAGACAUCUCAUUUUCAACAUUUUGGCACAGAAGUAUGUUUACUGAAAUGGCCUGAAUGGGUUGGCACAGCUGGAUCUGGAGGUUGUGCAACACAGAGCUUCACCAACAACAGCUAGUUACUGCUGAGCCAUAAUGACACAUUUAUGGAGCAUUAAGGCAUGAAGCAUUGCCUCAUCUCUAUGGUUGAAAAAACACAAUACAAACAACAUAUUAAUGCACUUUAUGUAUUUAUAUAUGCGCACCCACACCAUUUCUGUUCCCCCCCUCUUUUUGAUCAAACCAAAGAAGACAGAAACGGUAAAAAAAAAUGUUAUACGACGUGUGACCCCACAAAUAAAACUAACCAA